GAACGAUCCGCACCAUCGGAUAGCCCCGGUCGUUCAAGGCGGACCGACCCGCGCGGGUGCCGUGUGCCAGCGCAGAAGCGUCGCGGCAGGAGCCCGCCGCAGGCCUUCUUGGCAUGCCCCUCCCGAGGACCUGCACCACGCUCGCGGUGAUGUCGUGCUCCCUGGAGGCGAUCCCCGAGGAGGUGUCCCACAUAGACGGGCUCGAGAGGCUCUUCCUGAACGGCAACUUCCUGCGCUCGCUGCCACCCGAGGUCGGCGCUCUGCCGGCGCUGGAGCAGCUGUGCGUGGACGCCAACCUCCUGCGGACGCUGCCCGCGCUCCUCUCCCCCAAGCUUAACCUAAUCGCAGACAUCCGACAUCUGUCGUUGGGGCUCGAGGUAUACCCAGUCAUGCCCGCGUGGUCAAACAAUCAGGGCCAGGGUUUUUCUUCUUGUUCGGCCACAGGCGACCCUUGCCGGGCACCAGGACCGUCAAUCAGGAUGACAAGCCUGUCCUGAGGAAUGGGUCGGGACUUGCGGGGAUCGCGUACUUACAAUAUUGCAGACGUCCGACAUUUUCUCAGAGGGCGCGA